GAUGCUAAUUAAACGCAGUUCUAUCUCGGUAGUACCUACUACCUAUAUCUUAUUUAUAUGGGAAUUGAUAUUGAUUUUCUCAAAAGAGUUUGCUUUUAAUCCUUCGUAACAAAUCAAAAAAUGCAGGGCUUGAGCAUCCAGAGCUUGAAGAAGCACAAAGCUUUGAUCCCGUUGUACGUGUGCACGGGUAUAGGCUGCGUGGGCGCGAUUUUAUAUCUCGGAAGACUGGCUCUGCGCUCGCCCGACGUCUCCUGGAGCAAGAAAAACAACCCCGAACCUUGGGAAGAGUACAGGACAAAGCAGUACAAGUUCUACUCACCCAACAGGGAUUACAGCAAGGAAGGGUCUCCAGCUCCCAAAUACUAAUCUGUGCAUUAAUAAAUCAACAGCAGUGCUUACUUUAUAUAUAUAGAACUUUAUGAUUUAAUAAUUAGAAAAUGUGAUUCAA